CCUACUCCUCGGGCAGCUAUGAAUUCCGCCGAACAGACCGUUACGUGGCUCAUUACCUUAGGGGUGCUAGAGUCACCCAAAAAAACCAUUUCGGAUCCGGAGGGAUUUUUGCAGUCGUCUCUGAAAGAUGGGGUGGUCCUCUGCAGGCUGCUGGACCGCUUGCUCCCCGGGACCAUAGAGAAAGUCUACCCAGAGCCCCGGAGCGAGAGCGAGUGUCUCAGCAACAUCCGUGAGUUCCUGCGAGGCUGCGGGGCCUCCCUGCGCCUGGAGACGUUUGAUGCAAAUGAUUUGUAUCAGGGGCAGAAUUUUAACAAGGUCCUCAGUUCCUUAGUGACCCUAAAUAAAGUAACAGCAGACAUUGGACUGGGAAGUGAUUCUGUAUGUGCUCGGCCCUCCUCUCAUCGGAUCAAGUCUUUUGAUUCCCUUGGAUCCCAGUCCUUACACAGCCGGACUUCAAAAUUGUUCCAGGGCCAGUAUCGAAGUUUGGACAUGACUGAUAAUAGCAACAAUCAACUGGUUGUAAGAGCAAAGUUUAAUUUUCAACAGACAAAUGAAGAUGAACUUUCUUUUACAAAAGGAGAUAUCAUCCAUGUCACUAGAGUGGAAGAAGGGGGCUGGUGGGAGGGCACUCACAAUGGCAAAACUGGCUGGUUCCCUAGCAACUAUGUUCGAGAAAUUAAAUCAAGUGAAAAGCCGGUGUCUCCCAAGUCAGGAGCAUUGAAGAGCCCUCCCAAAGGAUUUGAUACAACUGCAAUUAACAAAAGCUAUUAUAAUGUGGGGAGGUUGCCUGAAGCUCAGCAGAGAGUCGGAGGCUGCUUUUUAAAUCUUAUGCCACAAAUGAAAACCUUGUACCUUGCGUAUUGUGCCAAUCACCCAUCUGCUGUCAGCGUUCUCACAGAGCACAGCGAAGAAUUGGGGGAAUUUAUGGAGAUGAAAGGUGCCAACAGCCCUGGGAUUCUUGUGUUGACCACAGGCCUCAGCAAGCCAUUUAUGCGCCUAGAUAAGUACCCCACCUUACUCAAGGAGCUCGAGAGACACAUGGAGGAUUACCAUCCAGAUCGACAAGAUAUUCAAAAAUCCAUGACUGCCUUCAAAAACCUUUCAGCCCAGUGUCAAGAAGUUCGGAAAAGGAAAGAGCUGGAGUUGCAGAUCCUGACAGAAGCCAUCCGAAGUUGGGAGGGAGAUGACAUUAAGACCCUGGGCAAUGUCAUUUACAUGUCCCAGGUCCUGAUUCAGUGUGCAGGAAGUGAGGAAAAGAAUGAAAGGUACCUUCUUCUCUUCCCAAACAUUUUGCUAAUGUUAUCUGCCAGCCCUAGGAUGAGUGGUUUUAUCUAUCAGGGAAAGCUACCAACAACAGGAAUGACAAUCACAAAGCUUGAGGACAGUGAAAAUCAUAAAAAUUCAUUUGAAAUAUCAGGGAGCAUGAUUGAGCGGAUAUUAGUGUCAUGCAAUAACCAGCAGGAUUUACAUGAAUGGGUAGACCAUCUCCAGAAGCAGACUAAAGUCACGACCAUGGGAAACCCCACGAUUAAGCCUCAUUCUGUGCCAUCUCAUACUCUUCCUUCCCAUCCAAUCACACCAUCCAGCAAACAUUCAGACAGCAAGCCAGUGCCACUUACUCCUGCAUACCACACCCUCCCACACCCUUCCCAUCAUGGGACUCCACACACCACCAUUAACUGGGGACCUUUGGAGCCUCCCAAAACUCCCAAACCAUGGAGCCUGAGCUGCCUGCGACCCGCACCUCCUCUACGGCCUUCAGCUGCUCUCUGUUACAAAGAGGAUCUUAGUAAGAGUCCGAAGACCAUGAAAAAAUUGCUCCCUAAGCGCAAACCUGAGCGGAAACCCUCUGAUGAGGAGUUUGCUCUGAGGAAAAGUACAGCUGCUUUGGAAGAAGAUGCUCAGAUUUUAAAAGUUAUUGAAGCCUACUGCACAAGUGCCAAAACACGACAAACACUCAAUUCAACAUGGCAAGGCACUGACCUGAUGCAUAAUCACGUCUUGGCUGAUGAUGACCAAUCAAGUCUAGACUCCUUGGGUCGUCGCACUAGCCUUUCUCGUUUGGAGCCUUCAGACCUCUCAGAAGACUCUGACUAUGACAGUAUAUGGACAGCCCAUAGUUACAGAAUGGGUUCUACAUCUCGUAAGAGCUGUUGCUCAUAUAUCUCUCACCAGAACUAAUGCACUCUGAGCUUUUCUUAACAAAUGCUUGUUGUAUCACAGCCUGCUUUUCUUAGAUGUUUUCUUGCUGUUCCUUGUCUCUUUUAAUGUGAUAUUUUAACAACUUUUGAGAGCGUUUCUGAUAUUUUCCAUUGUACUUUGUGGAGGCUUGACUGCCAAUUUGAAUAUACAUUCAAAUGACUGACUGUUGAAGGAAGAUGGUAUAUUCACAAGCCAAUACCUGAGGGGUCUUUGUUUGAAUGGAUAGCUGUUGUUUUAGAUACAGCUCCAAAUGGUUUGUUUUGUUUUUUUCUUAAUUAUUCUCAGUGUAGCAACUGUUGGAUUUCUUUGGAUACAGCUGUAUGAACAUGUUUCUAUUUUAUACUGAAACCGUACAGGUUUGCCAUUUUAAGUGCCAGCAACGUGGAGGAAAUUUUAGCCUUAUAGGAACCUUGAAUUUUUUUAUGUAUAAUAGACACACACCAAUCAAUCAGUUGUUCAGAGGUAAAAUAUGCAAAAAAAGUACUGUAAAUUCAGUUCAGAUAGCUGUGUUUCUGCGAACUCUGUAAGAGCAUCUGG